AUUACUGAUACAUUUAUCUUAAAUUUUCCAUUAAAUUGAAAGCAAUUCAAUUAUACAAACUUCAUAUGGACUUGAUGCAAUAUGGAAAUGUGUACUUUUGUACUUCUUACGCAGUUCUAUCCAUGUAUGUCAGUUGACUCACUACAGAUGAACAUACUAACUAGGCUGAAGUCAAAUUAGGUACAGAGCUGUACAAUAAUGAUAUAGAGUUAUUGACAAUUGAGUGGUACCAUGUUAUAUAUCGAUACCCUCUUACAUCAGAAGUUAUCGGCUCUAAACUGAUUACCAGAGGUGGUUAGUGUCUUGCUCAAGGACACUUCGAUACGUGGAUUGGAGGAGCCGGGGAUCGAACCACCGACCUUCCAAUUGUUGGUGCGACCCGCUCUACCUACCUACCUAGACUUCUUAUGAUGUUUAGAUGCUCACACCUCCUCCCUCAGUGUCAUAACAGGACGACAUCCAGCAACCAACAGCAGAGGGAAUAAACCUGACAGCAGGAAUGCAUGCUGCAGGCCAACACACGUCUUCCGCCGUCAGAUAAGAAACCUCCGACAGACUUUCACAGCAGUCAGACAGAACAACAGUGAUCUGCUGAGAGGAGAUGAGAGGAUACCGAGCCAUCAAGUACACUUUAUUCAUCUGCUGCUACGUCUUCUGGGUUGUGAGCGCCGUCCUCACAGCGGUCGGGAUCUACGCCAAGAUCGCAAAGGAGAAAGAUGUGGUUGACACCCUAACAUUAGAUCCAGCUCUGCUGUUGAUCGUUGUCGGCUCGGUGAUGUUUCUCAUCACGUUCCUCGGAUGUUUCGGGGCUCUGCGCAACACCACCUGCCUGAUGAAGACGUUUCUGGGGAUCCUGGUGGCCGUCCUCCUCUUACAGAUCACUGCUGGAGUCGUGGCAUUCCUCUUCACUGACACGGUGAUGGAGAGGACGGAGAGGCUGAUGAUGAAGGCCAUCGUCCUCUACAGGGAGGACCGGGACCUGGAGAACGCCAUCGACUUCAUCCAGAAGAAGUUCCAGUGCUGUGGAGUUGAGAGCUAUAAGGACUGGUCCCAUAAUGUCUACUUUGAGUGUUUGGAUACAAACCCCAGUCUGGAGGCCUGUGGAGUUCCCUUCUCCUGCUGCAUUCGCCUACAGAACCAGACUGUGCUGAACACCAUGUGUGGUUAUGGGAUGCAGCAGCUGGAGGAGCUUUCGGCCGGUCAGGACGUCUUCACCAUCGGCUGCCUGGAGAAGAUUGUCUGGUGGGCUAAAAACAACCUGCUGCUUGUGGGGGGUCUGACUGCCGGCCUGCUGCUGCUUGAGGUCUGCAUGAUCUGUCUGGCUGCUGCUCAAAUCUCCUGGAUAAAGAAAAUCCAACGACUAAAAAAUGAAAAUGCACCAAGAAGCAGUUCGGAAAGAAAAGACAGCUACUGGUAUCCUGCGUUUGCAGACUUCGAUGACGAAUAAAAUCAGCUUCGGUAAGAUCUGAUGAUGAUUGUGGAGACGGAUCCCAAAAAUCUCAGACGGAGUUCUCUAAUAAGGGACGUUUAUUCAUUGUGGGUCAGAUAAAGAAACAGCUGAAUGUUGAUGAAACGGAGCAAGACACGCUCUGCUCACUGUGAAUUUAAAGUUUGAUAUUUUAGCAAUGUGCCUGAGGCUCUCAAAGUGGGUGAACAGGUUCAAUGUCUUGCUCCGGGACGCCUCAGCAUGUCUCAGAGGCAUUGAUGGUUGAACUUCUACCUCAUGUAAAACCAUAUUAUGUGAAAAGAUAUAUUUUUAUAUUAUAAAAAGCUAUUACUUGUAGAUUAAUUCAAAUUGAGCAACAUUUGCAGUGUUUUCCUAGUACAAUAAAUGUUAUGCACUGUGUAUAUUGUAUACUGCAUGUGUACAUUAAUCCUGGUGAGAACAGAGCUUCAUAUAGUUAUUCCCCUAACUCUCUUACUGGGAUUUUUCCAUAUUGAGAUAAGUUCGAAACUUUUGGACCCAGUCCAAAAUGGACCAGUGGAAAAUGUACCCAAUCCCAACACACUUAUGUUUUUUGAAUUGUGGCUUUCUGUGUAUUCUGUAAUGUAAGUCUAAAAAAAAGUUUAGAUUAAAGCUAGGGUUGGUAACCUUCUUCAAAAACGUUUUUGUUAUAUUUGUUGAAAUUCUUAUUAAAUCCUGACAGCAAUCAAUAAAUCAAAUGCUCUGACAAACAUAUGCUAUCCGCGGCUGUCGCAUGGUUGUAAUAAGUCCAUUCAAUCCAAUUAUUUAAUUUUGGCCGAAUGACAUGAUUGGAUGGGCAACCUGCCGGUCUACCCAGCUGCCCGUGCACUCCUUGCACGUCACCGGAGUCUUCCACAAGCUGCUAGCUUGACAGUUGUGAGCACUAACAACAGCCAUGUUAGUUGUUUACGUUCAUGAUGAUCAUUUUGGGGGAGUGUCUUUGGAGGGAGGCCUGAAGGGACGGACUGUCAGUGUUGCUGACUUGGCAACUUUCUCACUAGAUUUAACUACUUUUGGAGCUAGUGCUGCUAGCUGCUUUCAUUGGAAAAGGUUGACAACACUGGGCUGGGUUUUUCAGUUCAAUCAUUUUUAAAAUCUAGUGUACUCUUGCUAGUUUCUCAAGAAUACCAACCCCAACUUUAAAGGAGUAUUUCAAUUAUUAAAGUAUAGCACUUUCAUAAAGCUGGCAGACUCACGAGAGACAGAUUAAAAAUGUCUAACUUACAAAAAACAAAGUGUAAAAAUGACAAUCUGUCAUUUACAGGGGUUAUGCGCUGCAUUAUUAAUUGGUUGUGACCAGUAACUUCCUGGCAUAUGCUCUGGCACACAACCCCCCAUAAAACAAUGAAUUGUCAUUUUUAUCCAUUGGUUUUUGUACGAAUCAAACAUAUUAUAUGACAUGUUAGUCCGUGAGUUUUAGAGGUGCUGGUUGCUGGAUUGACCGUUGGACAGAGUCAGGCUAGCUGUUUCU